CGCUGUUUACUUCCGAAACAAACAUGGCGGACUGAGAAAACGCGCGGGAUCCUCGCAGUGCUCCGUUAACCGGUGGACAAGAACUGUUUGUAGCUCGUAAACUCGGCUCAAAUUAAGCUGAAACAGCGUGGUCAUACUAUUUAUUUGUCCGAACUCCUGCUGAACAGCAUUUCCAACGAGGAAACCUAAGCUAGGUACAAACUGUAGCUAACGUUAGCUAACUCGCCCUUUAGCUUGCUGCUAACGUGUUUGGACUUGGAUCUUUGAGGCAACACAUCACUGGGGAACAGAAGCAGAAAGGGAGGUGCAGCUGAUUGAGUAACUAUCUGAUGGAUGAAAAUGCCGGACAGAGAGGAGCACCAGAGUUUGAUGGGCCAUCCCAGACGCCGGUUGACAUUUUGUCCCCAGUCCGACCGGAUGCUGCAUAAAAAAUUCAGUCAGGCGAGAAGCCAGGAGGAAUACCCAGCUCCCCCCCCACCCCAGCGUGUGCCUCUCAGUGGGGAGUGCAAGAUGGAUUCUUCAGUCAGCCGAGUGGAACUGGUGCGGCUGCUGGAGAGAUAGGCAGAGAGGCAGAGAGGCUGUGCUGAACAGACGCUGGGUCAGAGCGCUCAGUUGCUUCAGACAAUCACAGGGGAGCGACAGAAAGACACAGGAAAGAGACGCACACAGAGACGGGGAGAGAGAGAGAAAACACCACACAGAACGAGAGAAAAGAGAGGGAGAGACAGGGGAGGGAGGUAAAUAUGUGACAGGAUGUGGUUUCCCUGAGCUUGCAGAACAUCGGUAUACAGGCAUACUUUGAGCAUGACCUAAACGCACCGAGCUUACAAGUGUGUUUGAGCUCCGUUAGGUGGCGAGGGGGGGGAAAGACGAGGCAAACCGCUGGAACUGCUGCUGCUGCUGCUGCUGCUGCUGCUGUGCCCGUAGAACUGACAGACGCUCUGGUUUUCUCUGCCGCCUGCAGGAGGAUUGUGUUUCUUUUCACAGCCGAGCCACCUCCACGGCAAAACCUCAGUCAGCUGGUCGGACAGGAUCUGAACCCGUCCUCCAUCCUCUCUCUUUGCGCCGGUCGCCUCCCAAGUAGAAUGCGUUUGUCUGCUGGAGGCUCUGGUCCAGUUGGUGCCUUCACGUCCAAGCAGUGAACUUUUCGACGAGAUUGUGAAACAGGGUCCGUGCACUGAGAGACAGACACACCGUGGAGCCAUGGGCUGCGGGCUGCGUAAGAUGAAGCCGACGUCGGAGGAGACCAGUCCAGGGAAGAUUUACUCCACCUUGAAGAGACCACAGGUGGAGACCAAGGUGGGCGUGGCUUAUACCUACCGCUACCUGGACUUCCUCAUCGGCAAAGAUGGUGGGACGUCCACGCUGCGUCUCUCGUCGGUGCGCGAGCUGCCGGGCCAGCUGCAGGAGCUCUACCAGCAGGGCUUCGUCCUGGCCUCCGUCCACCCGUUCAUCCACCCCUGUGGUCCAGAGUCCAACAGCCCCCAGCACCAGCUCUACCGGGCCAUACUGGUGCGACUGAACGACGGGGCGGAAAGGAGCCAGUCGGUCUGCCCACCGUACAAACUACAGCUGGAAGAGUGUCUGACUGCCGAGCAGGUGCCCACCCCAGAGCUCAUCCAGGGCUACGUCAAGAAGCAGAUCCAGGAUGCUGCUGACCAGGGGGUGAUGUUUGUAGGAUUCGUCCAGGAACCCUACGGGGCCCCGUGCACCAGGAUCAGAGAACCAGACACCCCCUCCCUCUCCCUGCACUCCAGCCCCAGCUCCGUGCUCGGUUCCCUGGGCAGCUGCAGCCCCUCGAACCCUUCGAGUCCCAGAAACCACGCAGAACCGGGAGCUCAGGCUGAAGCAGCGGACAAAGAGGGGAAUGAGGAAGGAGCGCUGGGCGGGGAGAAGAAUCAAAGUGAGAACACUGGGAACCAUUCAGGGACCAGGGCGGAGGGCAGCCUGGACGAGCUCUCGCCCGCGGCGUCUCCGAUAUCAGAGGGAGAUCUGGAGCACAGCGAGGAGCUGACGGAGGAGGAGUCGCCGUGUCACAAUAACAACAGAGACAGUGGCAGAGACACAAAGGAGAGGCCGAGAUACCGCCUGCGGAGGGGCGACGGGGUGGAGCUGCUCGCUUUGUACAACCACCCGCCGGUGCGAGAGGGCCAGGUGAAGUACUACACUGUCAAGGUGCCGCUGCGGGUUCAGAACUGCGACGAGGGGGUCAAGGGUGUGGAGGCCAACUGGCUGGAUCACAUGACCCAGCAUUUCAACAACGGAGCCUCGCUGGUCGACGGAUACUUCCACCUGGGCAACGUGAACGAUCUGCUGCCUAAAUCGGUGGAAAGUGUCUUCAUCUUCCAGGAGGGAAAUGAAGGCGAGCCAAACGUAGCCACUCCGACGUACGACGCCAUCGUGGUGGAGCAGUGGACCGUCAUUGAUGGUUUGCAGGUGAAGGCAGAUUACAUCCCUCUGCUUCAGUCGCUGGCCACGUAUGGAUGGAGGCUCACCUGCGUGCUGCCAACUCCUGUAAUCAAAACUAACAGCGAUGGAAGUCUGUCCACCAAGCAGGUUGUUUUCCUGCAGAGACCCGUCUUGGGCCGAAAGAGGAGGGAAUCAAAGAAAUUGAUCUUCAAGCCCCGAAGCAAGUCCAACAAGAACUGCAUCAAAGAAACAGCGAAGAACAAGAAGAAGAAGAAAACAAAAACGGAGAAGGAUGCCGAGGAUCCCAAGAUCCUCGAUGACAGAGAAAAGGCCGAGAGAGAGGAAGACAAGAGUGGGGAUGAGAGGGUGAACGCAACAGAUGUGGAGGGAGCAAGAGAAAGUGAGACGUCGAAAGAGGGGGAGGCGAGGUGUGAGGAAGACAGAAAGAUUGACGAUGGGAUCAAAAUCAGCGUAGAGACUGUUGAAGAGAAAGACGGAGGAGCAGAGACGAAAGACGACGGAGCAGAAAACAGCACGGAAGGAGAGGAAGAAGAGAAGAUCGAAGGAUCAAAGGAGAACGGAGAGCCUUUACGAAAGGGGGAGGUCCACGAGGUGACGAAAAUCGUUGCGACUGUCGAAACACAGAGCGAGACCAAAGAAAAGGAGGACGACGGAGGAGCGGAAGCUGAAGCGGUGAUCGAAAACGGGGUCGAGACGGACGAGGAGAAAGACGAGGGCGAAGGGAGAGCGAUCAAAUGCAAGACGGAAGAGCCGGCGGGCGUGGAGGUCAUCGCCAAGGAGAUCGUGGCAGAUUCACAGGCCACACCAAAUAAUCAAAGCCCAGAGGAGACGCAAGAGUAGCCCCGAGCGGUCGAGGUCAAGGUUUUUCCCCACCCUACCUCUCAAAUUCCCCAUCAUGAGAACUGGUUCAGUGUUGCCCCUGAUCCACAUAAAAAGGGGCUUUAAUCCCCCCCAUCGCUGCAGCAUUUCUCCAAAACUACCAUCUUUCACAGAUGAUUCCCCACGAAACCUGCCUGCCGCAGUGUAGCGACAGAACGAUUUCAUGUAUUUUCAGAUGUAAGCCCUGCUGUAUAACCACACACACUGAAUGUAUAUAUCCGAAACAUGAGUUGCCGGUGCAGGAUAGUCGAUGUGGAGACACUGGAAUAGCUGGAUCAGGAUCGACAUGGUGGGGAGGGGGGUUAAGUGUCUAGAAAGAUGGUUGCAAUUCACUUGAGAAGAAGGAGAAUCAGUUUAAAGGCCCGGCCACACCAUCACUUAAAACUAAUUCAGAGGCAAAAUCGGUUUCUUUUAAAUGGAAUCUGAGACAUUUGUGGGUUUGCUCGUUAUCUGACACUCAAUUUUGCAUCAUUGAUUAAUUGUAGGGAUGAGAUAGUACAUCAUCAUCUGCAGCUGUUCAACCAACUAAAUAAUCUGUAUCUGUGUCCAUACUUGAAACAUGGAAGACGGUAGGGAGGCUGAUUCUGGAGACAGGUAGAUGAUUCAGUUCAUUCCGACGUCAUCAUAUGUUUAAAAUAAAAUAAUAUUAUCCCACGAAACCCACUAGUGCCUAAUGUCGUCAAGCCUCUAGAGCUACAAAUUUUCUCAAAAGGCGCAGGGAUGAAUUACAUGUUGCCACAUUUCGGUGUGACCGGGUCUUUAAAAAAAAAAAAAAGGAGCGAGGAGUUUGACGUCAGGAACAGCAGGGACGUUCGAUUUUGAAUUCUCGCGGAUCGAAGGAAAAGUUCUCUGCCUGCGUUUGAGGAACAGUUACACGACCUCACACAUCUACCGAGAUGUAUCACCUGUUACAAGGUGUUCGUUCGCCUGAGAGUUGAGCAGCUCUCUUCAGAAAAACAAUAAAAGUCAGCUCAGAGAAAACCCGAGAGGCAGGAUCAUGACAGGACAGGCCUGCCUCAUCCACAUGACUGACAAUAUAAGGGCAUGUGUGCUCAGAGAAGCGUCUUACGUGAUCACAGACUGUAUCACCACCUCCCCAUUCCUUUUGGUUCUGUGCACCAUACAGUGUUGAGUUGUGACGUGGAGGGAAGUUGGCGGAGAGACGCUCGUAGAGGUGAUGGGAAAGGCGUUUGUUGCGACAGGCAAUCCAAAGUAGGGUGUAGAGAUAAUUGUUUACGCUGAGCUCUAAGCCGUCAAGUGCUUCAAAGAGAGCCGAUAAUCACUCUUUGGUGUGGUGUGCUAAGCUCACCUUGCAUACAGAAUGUUCCAUAUUCAAAGCCGAGUCAGAUAAGGAUGUGAAAUUCAGCUGAAUGUUUGCAGCUCAAGGGCAGAACUCGUACUUAGAUGCACCUAGUUAGCACGAGGGAGGAUUUAUUUCCGCGUUUUUAAAAACUGCAUUUCCAUUCGACGGCCACAAACAAAAGCCCUUGUCAAGCGUGGAAGCAGAGGUGAAGCUGAGCGGUCAGGAGCGAGCCUUGUUGUUUUUAAACCUUAGACCAAAACCGGAGAUUGAGAAUGGAGAAAUUGAAGACAAAAGAGAGUUUUGAGAGCGAUGCAGAGCGAUCACGGAGCAUUACACAGUCAAAUAAAAGAAAUGAAUAGGCUCGUUUAAAGGAACGUUGCCGUUUGCGUCCCACGUGCCCCGCUGAGAUCCCCUUCAUUAUUUUACCUCCAGCUCUUUAAGCACCUCUUACCAGACAUCAUUUCUGACAAUAAGCAAGUCAUAAUGUGCUGUUUUCAUGGCAUCAAGUAGCUUUCCAUUAAAAAAAAAAACAGGGGGAAUAAAGUGGGGGAGGGAGGGGCGGCGCCGCUCACGGUGUAGAGCCCUCAUUAGCUCACUAAUGGAUUUUGUCAGUGGGGUAUCUGUCAGGAAACAUGCAUUUAUAAUGGGGAGGGGGGGAGGUCACUUAUUGGCGGAGAUAU